CUUGCCGAAUCCUGCGAGUACCUUUCGCCGUGUUGCGUCCUCGGGUAUAUAGCCGGGGAAGGGGGCGCGGCCAAACCAUCACGCGUCGCCCACAGAAACAUCGCCUGAGAUCGGCUGCUUGUGUUUGCUGAUCGCCGGAGUUCUCGUUGUCGUUCGGUGGCUUGGGGGGACAAUGGGAGGAGGCAAGGACAAGCAUGGCGAGGGUGACAAGGGGCUCUUCUCAAACAUAAUGCAUGGCGUUGCCGGUGGUCAUGGGUACCCGCAUCAGGGAUACCCUCCGCAAGGCUACCCACCACCGCCUGGGGCGUACCCGCCUCCCCCUGGGGCAUAUCCUCCUCCACCAGGGGCUUACCCCCCUGCACCGGGGGCAUACCCGCCACAGCAUGGGUACCCUCAACCGGGUGGUUACCCGCCACAGCAUGGUGGCUAUCCCCCUGCUGGUUAUCCCGGCUCAUCUCACCAGGGUCAUGGCAGCAGCCAUGGUGGCAUGGGGAUGGGGACGGUUCUAGCCGGAGGCGCCGCCGCAGCUGCAGCUGCUUAUGGAGCACACAAGCUCUCUCAUGGGCAUAGCGGACACGGUGGACAUGGGGUCUUUGGAGGCUACGGCCACGGUUACGGCCACGGCUACGGCGGUCACGGCAAGUUCAAGCAUGGUCACGGCCACCACGGCAAGUUCAAGCACGGCCACGGCAAAUUCAAGCAUGGCAAGCAUGGGCACGGCAUGUUCGGCGGCAAGUUCAAGAAGUGGAAGUGAUGUGCACCCAAUGGCUUGAUCAUACUAAACUCCUAUGCAGGCUUCCAGAACUUCUGUUGUCGGGAAUGCCUCUGCGAUGUAUUUAGCAGGGUGAUCGUUCAUCCUUCCUCUAUAUGUUUGGCUACUGUAGCCUGUGCGCGAGUGACAAGAUGGUUUGCCAAUAAGUAACUGAAUAACCUUGUCGAUUCCCUGCGAUGAUGCUGUAUUUUUUGUGCAUA